UUGAUAAUGGACAGCCAGACAUCACCAGAAAGCUGUAACUUUAUCAAAGCUGGACCAAUAAUUUCCGGUUCAAACGAGGGACAUACACACAGUAGCAACGAACACGGACACACCCAUGAAAUUAUGGACGGGCCGGGAAAGUACACAGAUCGCGAUGUCCCUUUAACACGCAUGGACUGGAAGGAGAGAGCUUUCACCGUCGGGAUAGGCGGGCCCGUGGGGUCAGGAAAAACAGCCCUUGUUCUGGCACUUUGUAAACACCUUCGAGAAUCUCACAAUAUUUGCGUAAUUACCAACGACAUAUUCACCAGAGAGGAUUGGGAGUUUCUGGUGAGGAAUAAAGCGCUUCCGGAGGAUCGCAUGCGCGCGGUGGAGACUGGAGGCUGUCCACACGCUGCAAUCAGAGAGGACUAUUCAUUGAAUUUAGAGGAAGUACGACAGCUAACGAAGAAGUUUGCUCCGAGAUUGGUUAUAGUGGAAUCAGGGGGAGAUAACCUAGCUGCUAAUUUCAGUCGGGAGCUAGCGGACUAUAUCAUAUAUGUAAUCGAUGUAGCGGGAGGAGACAAGAUCCCCCGGAAAGGAGGGCCUGGGAUAACACAAAGUGAUCUUCUGGUCAUAAACAAGACUGACCUCGCGGAGGCCGUGGGGGCUGACCUCAAGGUGAUGGAAAGGGAUGCAGCAAUGAUGCGACAGACCGGGCCGACUCUUUUCACCCAAGCCAAACACAACAUCGGAGUACCGGAAAUAGCCGAAUUCAUACUCAAAGCUUCUAACAAUAUGACCGGGUUAUAAGCUUGAACACUGCCUGGAUUCUCUGAACGAACCUGACGUCAUGAAGGACAAAACUUUACCAAGCAAUCCUUUCUAGACGUUUCUUUGAUAGGUUAAUAUUCUUCUUUAGCAUAAAUUUCAUUCUUUUAAAUUCCACGGAUUCACCAUUCCAUUAAGCAUUUGAUCUAUCAAAGGUUAAAUUGUACAUCGUUAAUGGCUUGGAUGUGUGUUGGGAGGUCAUGGAUGUUAAAUAAUCGGUUCAAUAUUAAUCCAUAUGCUUCUCACAAUCGUGAAAUGCGACGUACAGUUGGGACACUCAUAAAAUGUCAGUUUUCCCUGUAACAGCUGUUAGCAGUACAGCAGGACAGUUGGUGACACAUACAAAACACCAGUUUGUAUUUGUUGGCGACCGUUCUGAUGUGUUUAUUGAUACAGGGAACAGUAAGAAUAAAUAGAACACGUGUGAUAUUCAAACAAAUCAUCCAUU